UUUAUUCACAAAAUUAAUUCAUUAAAAUGUCCAAAGCGGCUGCAAGAUUAAAAUCUGCGAAAAAAGUAACCGAAAAAAUAAAACACGGUAAAUUAAGGACAAAUAUUCCGGCCGGUUUGGCUGCGGCUGGUCCUCCACUAGGUCCCAUGUUGGGACAGAGAGGAGUAAAUAUUGCAGCGUUUUGUAAAGAUUUCAAUGAAAAAACCAAAGAUAUUAAGGAGGGUAUUCCUUUACCUUCUAGAGCUGUGGUACAUCCUGAUCGGAGUUACGAGCUUGUAAUCCACCAACCCCCUGUUGUAUACUUUCUAAAACAAGCUGCUGGUAUUCAAAGAGCGGCUAUGCAUCCGGGCAAUGAGGUGGCCGGUAAAGUAACUCUGAAGCAUGUAUAUGAAAUAGCAAAAAUUAAACACUCUGACCCUCCGUUGGAAUUUUUCAGUUUACAAGAGAUUUGCAAAAGAGUUAUUGGAAUAGCAAAAUCGUGUGGAAUUGAAGUUGUUAGAGAUUUAGAUCCUAAAGAAUACGGGGAGUUCUUGAAAGAACGAGAACUUAUCGUGGAGCAACAAAAGAAGGAAAUACAGGAGAAGAAAGAGGCGAAAAUGCUGAGAACAGGAUAAGAAUAGUUGAUUUUAGGUACAAUUAUUGUUUGUAGAUUUUUGAUUAGAAAUACAAUUAUUUAAAAUUAUACUUGUGCGCAGUGUUUUU